AUGAAGGGUUAUUGGGAAACAGCAGGGGGGGGGGGGGGGGGGGGGGGGGGGGGGGGGGGGGGGGGGGGGGGGGGGGGGGGGGGGGGGGGGGGGGGGGGGGGGGGGGGGGGGGGGGGGGGGGGGGGGGGGGGGGGGGGGGGGGGGGGGGGGGGGGGGGGGGGGGGGGGGGGGGGGGGGGGGGGGGGGGGGGGGGGGGGGGGGGGGGGGGGGGGGGGGGGGGGGGGGGGGGGGGGGGGGGGGGGGGGGGGGGGGGGGGGGGGGGGGGGGGGGGGGGGGGGGGGGGGGGGGGGGGGGGGGGGGGGGGGGGGGGGGGGGGGGGGGGGGGGGGGGGGGGGGGGGGGGGGGGGGGGGGGGGGGGGGGGGGGGGGGGGGGGGGGGGGGGGGGGGGGGGGGGGGGGGGGGGGGGGGGGGGGGGGGGGGGGUGGGGGGGGGGGGGGGGGGGGGGGGGGGGGGGGGGGGGGGGGGGGGGGGGGGGGGGGGGGGGGGGGGGGGGGGGGGGGGGGGGGGGGGGGGGGGGGGGGGGGGGGGGGGGGGGGGGGGGGGGGGGGGGGGGGGGGGGGGGGGGGGGGGGGGGGGGGGGGGGGGGGGGGGGGGGGGGGGGGGGGGGGGGGGGGGGGGGGGGGGGGGGGGGGGGGGGGGGGGGGGGGGGGGGGGGGGGGGGGGGGGUGGGGGGGGGGGGGGGGGGGGGGGGGGGGGGGGGGGGGGGGGGGGGGGGGGGGGGGGGGGGGGGGGGGGGGGGGGGGGGGGGGGGGGGGGGGGGGGGGGGGGGGGGGGGGGGGGGGGGGGGGGGGGGGGGGGGGGGGGGGGGGGGGGGGGGGGGGGGGGGGGGGGGGGGGGGGGGGGGGGGGGGGGGGGGGGGGGGGGGGGGGGGGGGGGGGGGGGGGGGGGGGGGGGGGGGGGGGGGGGGGGGGGGGGGGGGGGGGGGGGGGGGGGGGGGGGGGGGGGGGGGGGGGGGGGGGGGGGGGGGGGGGGGGGGGGGGGGGGGGGGGGGGGGGGGGGGGGGGGGGGGGGGGGGGGGGGGGGGGGGGGGGGGGGGGGGGGGGGGGGGGGGGGGGGGGGGGGGGGGGGGGGGGGGGGGGGGGGGGGGGGGGGGGGGGGGGGGGGGGGGGGGGGGGGGGGGGGGGGGGGGGGGGGGGGGGGGGGGGGGGGGGGGGGGGGGGGGGGGGGGGGGGGGGGGGGGGGGGGGGGGGGGGGGGGGGGGGGGGGGGGGGGGGGGGGGGGGGGGGGGGGGGGGGGGGGGGGGGGGGGGGGGGGGGGGGGGGGGGGGGGGGGGGGGGGGGGGGGGGGGGGGGGGGGGGGGGGGGGGGGGGGGGGGGGGGGGGGGGGGGGGGGGGGGGGGGGGGGGGGGGGGGGGGGGGGGGGGGGGGGGGGGGGGGGGGGGGGGGGGGGGGGGGGGGGGGGGGGGGGGGGGGGGGGGGGGGGGGGGGGGGGGGGGGGGGGGGGGGGGGGGGGGGGGGGGGGGGGGGGGGGGGGGGGGGGGGGGGGGGGGGGGGGGGGGGGGGGGGGGGGGGGGGGGGGGGGGGGGGGGGGGGGGGGGGGGGGGGGGGGGGGGGGGGGGGGGGGGGGGGGGGGGGGGGGGGGGGGGGGGGGGGGGGGGGGGGGGGGGGGGGGGGGGGGGGGGGGGGGGGGGGGGGGGGGGGGGGGGGGGGGGGGGGGGGGGGGGGGGGGGGGGGGGGGGGGGGGGGGGGGGGGGGGGGGGGGGGGGGGGGGGGGGGGGGGGGGGGGGGGGGGGGGGGGGGGGGGGGGGGGGGGGGGGGGGGGGGGGGGGGGGGGGGGGGGGGGGGGGGGGGGGGGGGGGGGGGGGGGGGGGGGGGGGGGGGGGGGGGGGGGGGGGGGGGGGGGGGGGGGGGGGGGGGGGGGGGGGGGGGGGGGGGGGGGGGGGGGGGGGGGGGGGGGGGGGGGGGGGGGGGGGGGGGGGGGGGGGGGGGGGGGGGGGGGGGGGGGGGGGGGGGGGGGGGGGGGGGGGGGGGGGGGGGGGGGGGGGGGGGGGGGGGGGGGGGGGGGGGGGGGGGGGGGGGGGGGGGGGGGGGGGGGGGGGGGGGGGGGGGGGGGGGGGGGGGGGGGGGGGGGGGGGGGGGGGGGGGGGGGGGGGGGGGGGGGGGGGGGGGGGGGGGGGGGGGGGGGGGGGGGGGGGGGGGGGGGGGGGGGGGGGGGGGGGGGGGGGGGGGGGGGGGGGGGGGGGGGGGGGGGGGGGGGGGGGGGGGGGGGGGGGGGGGGGGGGGGGGGGGGGGGGGGGGGGGGGGGGGGGGGGGGGGGGGGGGGGGGGGGGGGGGGGGGGGGGGGGGGGGGGGGGGGGGGGGGGGGGGGGGGGGGGGGGGGGGGGGGGGGGGGGGGGGGGGGGGGGGGGGGGGGGGGGGGGGGGGGGGGGGGGGGGGGGGGGGGGGGGGGGGGGGGGGGGGGGGGGGGGGGGGGGGGGGGGGGGGGGGGGGGGGGGGGGGGGGGGGGGGGGGGGGGGGGGGGGGGGGGGGGGGGGGGGGGGGGGGGGGGGGGGGGGGGGGGGGGGGGGGGGGGGGGGGGGGGGGGGGGGGGGGGGGGGGGGGGGGGGGGGGGGGGGGGGGGGGGGGGGGGGGGGGGGGGGGGGGGGGGGGGGGGGGGGGGGGGGGGGGGGGGGGGGGGGGGGGGGGGGGGGGGGGGGGGGGGGGGGGGGGGGGGGGGGGGGGGGGGGGGGGGGGGGGGGGGGGGGGGGGGGGGGGGGGGGGGGGGGGGGGGGGGGGGGGGGGGGGGGGGGGGGGGGGGGGGGGGGGGGGGGGGGGGGGGGGGGGGGGGGGGGGGGGGGGGGGGGGGGGGGGGGGGGGGGGGGGGGGGGGGGGGGGGGGGGGGGGGGGGGGGGGGGGGGGGGGGGGGGGGGGGGGGGGGGGGGGGGGGGGGGGGGGGGGGGGGGGGGGGGGGGGGGGGGGGGGGGGGGGGGGGGGGGGGGGGGGGGGGGGGGGGGGGGGGGGGGGGGGGGGGGGGGGGGGGGGGGGGGGGGGGGGGGGGGGGGGGGGGGGGGGGGGGGGGGGGGGGGGGGGGGGGGGGGGGGGGGGGGGGGGGGGGGGGGGGGGGGGGGGGGGGGGGGGGGGGGGGGGGGGGGGGGGGGGGGGGGGGGGGGGGGGGGGGGGGGGGGGGGGGGGGGGGGGGGGGGGGGGGGGGGGGGGGGGGGGGGGGGGGGGGGGGGGGGGGGGGGGGGGGGGGGGGGGGGGGGGGGGGGGGGGGGGGGGGGGGGGGGGGGGGGGGGGGGGGGGGGGGGGGGGGGGGGGGGGGGGGGGGGGGGGGGGGGGGGGGGGGGGGGGGGGGGGGGGGGGGGGGGGGGGGGGGGGGGGGGGGGGGGGGGGGGGGGGGGGGGGGGGGGGGGGGGGGGGGGGGGGGGGGGGGGGGGGGGGGGGGGGGGGGGGGGGGGGGGGGGGGGGGGGGGGGGGGGGGGGGGGGGGGGGGGGGGGGGGGGGGGGGGGGGGGGGGGGGGGGGGGGGGGGGGGGGGGGGGGGGGGGGGGGGGGGGGGGGGGGGGGGGGGGGGGGGGGGGGGGGGGGGGGGGGGGGGGGGGGGGGGGGGGGGGGGGGGGGGGGGGGGGGGGGGGGGGGGGGGGGGGGGGGGGGGGGGGGGGGGGGGGGGGGGGGGGGGGGGGGGGGGGGGGGGGGGGGGGGGGGGGGGGGGGGGGGGGGGGGGGGGGGGGGGGGGGGGGGGGGGGGGGGGGGGGGGGGGGGGGGGGGGGGGGGGGGGGGGGGGGGGGGGGGGGGGGGGGGGGGGGGGGGGGGGGGGUUGGGGGGGGGGGGGGGGGGGGGGGGGGGGGGGGGGGGGGGGGGGGGGGGGGGGGGGGGGGGGGGGGGGGGGGGGGGGGGGGGGGGGGGGGGGGGGGGGGGGGGGGGGGGGGGGGGGGGGGGUGGGGGGGGGGGGGGGGGGGGGGGGGGGGGGGGGGGGGGGGGGGUGGGGGGGGGGGGGGGGGGGGGGGGGGGGGGGGGGGGGGGGGGGGGGGGGGGGGGGGGGGGGGGGGGGGGGGGGGGGGGGGGGGGGGGGGGGGGGGGGGGGGGGGGGGGGGGGGGGGGGGGGGGGGGGGGGGGGGGGGGGGGGGGGGGGGGGGGGGGGGGGGGGGGGGGGGGGGGGGGGGGGGGGGGGGGGGGGGGGGGGGGGGGGGGGGGGGGGGGGGGGGGGGGGGGGGGGGGGGGGGGGGGGGGGGGGGGGGGGGGGGGGGGGGGGGGGGGGGGGGGGGGGGGGGGGGGGGGGGGGGGGGGGGGGGGGGGGGGGGGGGGGGGGGGGGGGGGGGGGGGGGGGGGGGGGGGGGGGGGGGGGGGGGGGGGGGGGGGGGGGGGGGGGGGGGGGGGGGGGGGGGGGGGGGGGGGGGGGGGGGGGGGGGGGGGGGGGGGGGGGGGGGGGGGGGGGGGGGGGGGGGGGGGGGGGGGGGGGGGGGGGGGGGGGGGGGGGGGGGGGGGGGGGGGGGGGGGGGGGGGGGGGGGGGGGGGGGGGGGGGGGGGGGGGGGGGGGGGGGGGGGGGGGGGGGGGGGGGGGGGGGGGGGGGGGGGGGGGGGGGGGGGGGGGGGGGGGGGGGGGGGGGGGGGGGGGGGGGGGGGGGGGGGGGGGGGGGGGGGGGGGGGGGGGGGGGGGGGGGGGGGGGGGGGGGGGGGGGGGGGGGGGGGGGGGGGGGGGGGGGGGGGGGGGGGGGGGGGGGGGGGGGGGGGGGGGGGGGGGGGGGGGGGGGGGGGGGGGGGGGGGGGGGGGGGGGGGGGGGGGGGGGGGGGGGGGGGGGGGGGGGGGGGGGGGGGGGGGGGGGGGGGGGGGGGGGGGGGGGGGGGGGGGGGGGGGGGGGGGGGGGGGGGGGGGGGGGGGGGGGGGGGGGGGGGGGGGGGGGGGGGGGGGGGGGGGGGGGGGGGGGGGGGGGGGGGGGGGGGGGGGGGGGGGGGGGGGGGGGGGGGGGGGGGGGGGGGGGGGGGGGGGGGGGGGGGGGGGGGGGGGGGGGGGGGGGGGGGGGGGGGGGGGGGGGGGGGGGGGGGGGGGGGGGGGGGGGGGGGGGGGGGGGGGGGGGGGGGGGGGGGGGGGGGGGGGGGGGGGGGGGGGGGGGGGGGGGGGGGGGGGGGGGGGGGGGGGGGGGGGGGGGGGGGGGGGGGGGGGGGGGGGGGGGGGGGGGGGGGGGGGGGGGGGGGGGGGGGGGGGGGGGGGGGGGGGGGGGGGGGGGGGGGGGGGGGGGGGGGGGGGGGGGGGGGGGGGGGGGGGGGGGGGGGGGGGGGGGGGGGGGGGGGGGGGGGGGGGGGGGGGGGGGGGGGGGGGGGGGGGGGGGGGGGGGGGGGGGGGGGGGGGGGGGGGGGGGGGGGGGGGGGGGGGGGGGGGGGGGGGGGGGGGGGGGGGGGGGGGGGGGGGGGGGGGGGGGGGGGGGGGGGGGGGGGGGGGGGGGGGGGGGGGGGGGGGGGGGGGGGGGGGGGGGGGGGGGGGGGGGGGGGGGGGGGGGGGGGGGGGGGGGGGGGGGGGGGGGGGGGGGGGGGGGGGGGGGGGGGGGGGGGGGGGGGGGGGGGGGGGGGGGGGGGGGGGGGGGGGGGGGGGGGGGGGGGGGGGGGGGGGGGGGGGGGGGGGGGGGGGGGGGGGGGGGGGGGGGGGGGGGGGGGGGGGGGGGGGGGGGGGGGGGGGGGGGGGGGGGGGGGGGGGGGGGGGGGGGGGGGGGGGGGGGGGGGGGGGGGGGGGGGGGGGGGGGGGGGGGGGGGGGGGGGGGGGGGGGGGGGGGGGGGGGGGGGGGGGGGGGGGGGGGGGGGGGGGGGGGGGGGGGGGGGGGGGGGGGGGGGGGGGGGGGGGGGGGGGGGGGGGGGGGGGGGGGGGGGGGGGGGGGGGGGGGGGGGGGGGGGGGGGGGGGGGGGGGGGGGGGGGGGGGGGGGGGGGGGGGGGGGGGGGGGGGGGGGGGGGGGGGGGGGGGGGGGGGGGGGGGGGGGGGGGGGGGGGGGGGGGGGGGGGGGGGGGGGGGGGGGGGGGGGGGGGGGGGGGGGGGGGGGGGGGGGGGGGGGGGGGGGGGGGGGGGGGGGGGGGGGGGGGGGGGGGGGGGGGGGGGGGGGGGGGGGGGGGGGGGGGGGGGGGGGGGGGGGGGGGGGGGGGGGGGGGGGGGGGGGGGGGGGGGGGGGGGGGGGGGGGGGGGGGGGGGGGGGGGGGGGGGGGGGGGGGGGGGGGGGGGGGGGGGGGGGGGGGGGGGGGGGGGGGGGGGGGGGGGGGGGGGGGGGGGGGGGGGGGGGGGGGGGGGGGGGGGGGGGGGGGGGGGGGGGGGGGGGGGGGGGGGGGGGGGGGGGGGGGGGGGGGGGGGGGGGGGGGGGGGGGGGGGGGGGGGGGGGGGGGGGGGGGGGGGGGGGGGGGGGGGGGGGGGGGGGGGGGGGGGGGGGGGGGGGGGGGGGGGGGGGGGGGGGGGGGGGGGGGGGGGGGGGGGGGGGGGGGGGGGGGGGGGGGGGGGGGGGGGGGGGGGGGGGGGGGGGGGGGGGGGGGGGGGGGGGGGGGGGGGGGGGGGGGGGGGGGGGGGGGGGGGGGGGGGGGGGGGGGGGGGGGGGGGGGGGGGGGGGGGGGGGGGGGGGGGGGGGGGGGGGGGGGGGGGGGGGGGGGGGGGGGGGGGGGGGGGGGGGGGGGGGGGGGGGGGGGGGGGGGGGGGGGGGGGGGGGGGGGGGGGGGGGGGGGGGGGGGGGGGGGGGGGGGGGGGGGGGGGGGGGGGGGGGGGGGGGGGGGGGGGGGGGGGGGGGGGGGGGGGGGGGGGGGGGGGGGGGGGGGGGGGGGGGGGGGGGGGGGGGGGGGGGGGGGGGGGGGGGGGGGGGGGGGGGGGGGGGGGGGGGGGGGGGGGGGGGGGGGGGGGGGGGGGGGGGGGGGGGGGGGGGGGGGGGGGGGGGGGGGGGGGGGGGGGGGGGGGGGGGGGGGGGGGGGGGGGGGGGGGGGGGGGGGGGGGGGGGGGGGGGGGGGGGGGGGGGGGGGGGGGGGGGGGGGGGGGGGGGGGGGGGGGGGGGGGGGGGGGGGGGGGGGGGGGGGGGGGGGGGGGGGGGGGGGGGGGGGGGGGGGGGGGGGGGGGGGGGGGGGGGGGGGGGGGGGGGGGGGGGGGGGGGGGGGGGGGGGGGGGGGGGGGGGGGGGGGGGGGGGGGGGGGGGGGGGGGGGGGGGGGGGGGGGGGGGGGGGGGGGGGGGGGGGGGGGGGGGGGGGGGGGGGGGGGGGGGGGGGGGGGGGGGGUGGGGGGGGGGGGGGGGGGGGGGGGGGGGGGGGGGGGGGGGGGGGGGGGGGGGGGGGGGGGGGGGGGGGGGGGGGGGGGGGGGGGGGGGGGGGGGGGGGGGGGGGGGGGGGGGGGGGGGGGGGGGGGGGGGGGGGGGGGGGGGGGGGGGGGGGGGGGGGGGGGGGGGGGGGGGGGGGGGGGGGGGGGGGGGGGGGGGGGGGGGGGGGGGGGGGGGGGGGGGGGGGGGGGGGGGGGGGGGGGGGGGGGGGGGGGGGGGGGGGGGGGGGGGGGGGGGGGGGGGGGGGGGGGGGGGGGGGGGGGGGGGGGGGGGGGGGGGGGGGGGGGGGGGGGGGGGGGGGGGGGGGGGGGGGGGGGGGGGGGGGGGGGGGGGGGGGGGGGGGGGGGGGGGGGGGGGGGGGGGGGGGGGGGGGGGGGGGGGGGGGGGGGGGGGGGGGGGGGGGGGGGGGGGGGGUGGGGGGGGGGGGGGGGGGGGGGGGGGGGGGGGGGGGGGGGGGGGGGGGGGGGGGGGGGGGGGGGGGGGGGGGGGGGGGGGGGGGGGGGGGGGGGGGGGGGGGGGGGGGGGGGGGGGGGGGGGGGGGGGGGGGGGGGGGGGGGGGGGGGGGGGGGGGGGGGGGGGGGGGGGGGGGGGGGGGGGGGGGGGGGGGGGGGGGGGGGGGGGGGGGGGGGGGGGGGGGGGGGGGGGGGGGGGGGGGGGGGGGGGGGGGGGGGGGGGGGGGGGGGGGGGGGGGGGGGGGGGGGGGGGGGGGGGGGGGGGGGGGGGGGGGGGGGGGGGGGGGGGGGGGGGGGGGGGGGGGGGGGGGGGGGGGGGGGGGGGGGGGGGGGGGGGGGGGGGGGGGGGGGGGGGGGGGGGGGGGGGGGGGGGGGGGGGGGGGGGGGGGGGGGGGGGGGGGGGGGGGGGGGGGGGGGGGGGGGGGGGGGGGGGGGGGGGGGGGGGGGGGGGGGGGGGGGGGGGGGGGGGGGGGGGGGGGGGGGGGGGGGGGGGGGGGGGGGGGGGGGGGGGGGGGGGGGGGGGGGGGGGGGGGGGGGGGGGGGGGGGGGGGGGGGGGGGGGGGGGGGGGGGGGGGGGGGGGGGGGGGGGGGGGGGGGGGGGGGGGGGGGGGGGGGGGGGGGGGGGGGGGGGGGGGGGGGGGGGGGGGGGGGGGGGGGGGGGGGGGGGGGGGGGGGGGGGGGGGGGGGGGGGGGGGGGGGGGGGGGGGGGGGGGGGGGGGGGGGGGGGGGGGGGGGGGGGGGGGGGGGGGGGGGGGGGGGGGGGGGGGGGGGGGGGGGGGGGGGGGGGGGGGGGGGGGGGGGGGGGGGGGGGGGGGGGGGGGGGGGGGGGGGGGGGGGGGGGGGGGGGGGGGGGGGGGGGGGGGGGGGGGGGGGGGGGGGGGGGGGGGGGGGGGGGGGGGGGGGGGGGGGGGGGGGGGGGGGGGGGGGGGGGGGGGGGGGGGGGGGGGGGGGGGGGGGGGGGGGGGGGGGGGGGGGGGGGGGGGGGGGGGGGGGGGGGGGGGGGGGGGGGGGGGGGGGGGGGGGGGGGGGGGGGGGGGGGGGGGGGGGGGGGGGGGGGGGGGGGGGGGGGGGGGGGGGGGGGGGGGGGGGGGGGGGGGGGGGGGGGGGGGGGGGGGGGGGGGGGGGGGGGGGGGGGGGGGGGGGGGGGGGGGGGGGGGGGGGGGGGGGGGGGGGGGGGGGGGGGGGGGGGGGGGGGGGGGGGGGGGGGGGGGGGGGGGGGGGGGGGGGGGGGGGGGGGGGGGGGGGGGGGGGGGGGGGGGGGGGGGGGGGGGGGGGGGGGGGGGGGGGGGAGGUGGGGGGGGGGGGGGGGGGGGGGGGGGGGGGGGGGGGGGGGGGGGGGGGGGGGGGGGGGGGGGGGGGGGGGGGGGGGGGGGGGGGGGGGGGGGGGGGGGGGGGGGGGGGGGGGGGGGGGGGGGGGGGGGGGGGGGGGGGGGGGGGGGGGGGGGGGGGGGGGGGGGGGGGGGGGGGGGGGGGGGGGGGGGGGGGGGGGGGGGGGGGGGGGGGGGGGGGGGGGGGGGGGGGGGGGGGGGGGGGGGGGGGGGGGGGGGGGGGGGGGGGGGGGGGGGGGGGGGGGGGGGGGGGGGGGGGGGGGGGGGGGGGGGGGGGGGGGGGGGGGGGGGGGGGGGGGGGGGGGGGGGGGGGGGGGGGGGGGGGGGGGGGGGGGGGGGGGGGGGGGGGGGGGGGGGGGGGGGGGGGGGGGGGGGGGGGGGGGGGGGGGGGGGGGGGGGGGGGGGGGGGGGGGGGGGGGGGGGGGGGGGGGGGGGGGGGGGGGGGGGGGGGGGGGGGGGGGGGGGGGGGGGGGGGGGGGGGGGGGGGGGGGGGGGGGGGGGGGGGGGGGGGGGGGGGGGGGGGGGGGGGGGGGGGGGGGGGGGGGGGGGGGGGGGGGGGGGGGGGGGGGGGGGGGGGGGGGGGGGGGGGGGGGGGGGGGGGGGGGGGGGGGGGGGGGGGGGGGGGGGGGGGGGGGGGGGGGGGGGGGGGGGGGGGGGGGGGGGGGGGGGGGGGGAGGUGGGUAGGGGGGGGGGGGGGGGGGGGGGGGGGGGGGGGGGGGGGGGGGGGGGGGGGGGGGGGGGGGGGGGGGGGGGGGGGGGGGGGGGGGGGGGGGGGGGGGGGGGGGGGGGGGGGGGGGGGGGGGGGGGGGGGGGGGGGGGGGGGGGGGGGGGGGGGGGGGGGGGGGGGGGGGGGGGGGGGGGGGGGGGGGGGGGGGGGGGGGGGGGGGGGGGGGGGGGGGGGGGGGGGGGGGGGGGGGGGGGGGGGGGGGGGGGGGGGGGGGGGGGGGGGGGGGGGGGGGGGGGGGGGGGGGGGGGGGGGGGGGGGGGGGGGGGGGGGGGGGGGGGGGGGGGGGGGGGGGGGGGGGGGGGGGGGGGGGGGGGGGGGGGGGGGGGGGGGGGGGGGGGGGGGGGGGGGGGGGGGGGGGGGGGGGGGGGGGGGGGGGGGGGGGGGGGGGGGGGGGGGGGGGGGGGGGGGGGGGGGGGGGGGGGGGGGGGGGGGGGGGGGGGGGGGGGGGGGGGGGGGGGGGGGGGGGGGGGGGGGGGGGGGGGGGGGGGGGGGGGGGGGGGGGGGGGGGGGGGGGGGGGGGGGGGGGGGGGGGGGGGGGGGGGGGGGGGGGGGGGGGGGGGGGGGGGGGGGGGGGGGGGGGGGGGGGGGGGGGGGGGGGGGGGGGGGGGGGGGGGGGGGGGGGGGGGGGGGGGGGGGGGGGGGGGGGGGGGGGGGGGGGGGGGGGGGGGGGGGGGGGGGGGGGGGGGGGGGGGGGGGGGGGGGGGGGGGGGGGGGGGGGGGGGGGGGGGGGGGGGGGGGGGGGGGGGGGGGGGGGGGGGGGGGGGGGGGGGGGGGGGGGGGGGGGGGGGGGGGGGGGGGGGGGGGGGGGGGGGGGGGGGGGGGGGGGGGGGGGGGGGGGGGGGGGGGGGGGGGGGGGGGGGGGGGGGGGGGGGGGGGGGGGGGGGGGGGGGGGGGGGGGGGGGGGGGGGGGGGGGGGGGGGGGGGGGGGGGGGGGGGGGGGGGGGGGGGGGGGGGGGGGGGGGGGGGGGGGGGGGGGGGGGGGGGGGGGGGGGGGGGGGGGGGGGGGGGGGGGGGGGGGGGGGGGGGGGGGGGGGGGGGUGGGGGGGGGGGGGGGGGGGGGGGGGGGGGGGGGGGGGGGGGGGGGGGGGGGGGGGGGGGGGGGGGGGGGGGGGGGGGGGGGGGGGGGGGGGGGGGGGGGGGGGGGGGGGGGGGGGGGGGGGGGGGGGGGGGGGGGGGGGGGGGGGGGGGGGGGGGGGGGGGGGGGGGGGGGGGGGGGGGGGGGGGGGGGGGGGGGGGGGGGGGGGGGGGGGGGGGGGGGGGGGGGGGGGGGGGGGGGGGGGGGGGGGGGGGGGGGGGGGGGGGGGGGGGGGGGGGGGGGGGGGGGGGGGGGGGGGGGGGGGGGGGGGGGGGGGGGGGGGGGGGGGGGGGGGGGGGGGGGGGGGGGGGGGGGGGGGGGGGGGGGGGGGGGGGGGGGGGGGGGGGGGGGGGGGGGGGGGGGGGGGGGGGGGGGGGGGGGGGGGGGGGGGGGGGGGGGGGGGGGGGGGGGGGGGGGGGGGGGGGGGGGGGGGGGGGGGGGGGGGGGGGGGGGGGGGGGGGGGGGGGGGGGGGGGGGGGGGGGGGGGGGGGGGGGGGGGGGGGGGGGGGGGGGGGGGGGGGGGGGGGGGGGGGGGGGGGGGGGGGGGGGGGGGGGGGGGGGGGGGGGGGGGGGGGGGGGGGGGGGGGGGGGGGGGGGGGGGGGGGGGGGGGGGGGGGGGGGGGGGGGGGGGGGGGGGGGGGGGGGGGGGGGGGGGGGGGGGGGGGGGGGGGGGGGGGGGGGGGGGGGGGGGGGGGGGGGGGGGGGGGGGGGGGGGGGGGGGGGGGGGGGGGGGGGGGGGGGGGGGGGGGGGGGGGGGGGGGGGGGGGGGGGGGGGGGGGGGGGGGGGGGGGGGGGGGGGGGGGGGGGGGGGGGGGGGGGGGGGGGGGGGGGGGGGGGGGGGGGGGGGGGGGGGGGGGGGGGGGGGGGGGGGGGGGGGGGGGGGGGGGGGGGGGGGGGGGGGGGGGGGGGGGGGGGGGGGGGGGGGGGGGGGGGGGGGGGGGGGGGGGGGGGGGGGGGGGGGGGGGGGGGGGGGGGGGGGGGGGGGGGGGGGGGGGGGGGGGGGGGGGGGGGGGGGGGGGGGGGGGGGGGGGGGGGGGGGGGGGGGGGGGGGGGGGGGGGGGGGGGGGGGGGGGGGGGGGGGGGGGGGGGGGGGGGGGGGGGGGGGGGGGGGGGGGGGGGGGGGGGGGGGGGGGGGGGGGGGGGGGGGGGGGGGGGGGGGGGGGGGGGGGGGGGGGGGGGGGGGGGGGGGGGGGGGGGGGGGGGGGGGGGGGGGGGGGGGGGGGGGGGGGGGGGGGGGGGGGGGGGGGGGGGGGGGGGGGGGGGGGGGGGGGGGGGGGGGGGGGGGGGGGGGGGGGGGGGGGGGGGGGGGGGGGGGGGGGGGGGGGGGGGGGGGGGGGGGGGGGGGGGGGGGGGGGGGGGGGGGGGGGGGGGGGGGGGGGGGGGGGGGGGGGGGGGGGGGGGGGGGGGGGGGGGGGGGGGGGGGGGGGGGGGGGGGGGGGGGGGGGGGGGGGGGGGGGGGGGGGGGGGGGGGGGGGGGGGGGGGGGGGGGGGGGGGGGGGGGGGGGGGGGGGGGGGGGGGGGGGGGGGGGGGGGGGGGGGGGGGGGGGGGGGGGGGGGGGGGGGGGGGGGGGGGGGGGGGGGGGGGGGGGGGGGGGGGGGGGGGGGGGGGGGGGGGGGGGGGGGGGGGGGGGGGGGGGGGGGGGGGGGGGGGGGGGGGGGGGGGGGGGGGGGGGGGGGGGGGGGGGGGGGGGGGGGGGGGGGGGGGGGGGGGGGGGGGGGGGGGGGGGGGGGGGGGGGGGGGGGGGGGGGGGGGGGGGGGGGGGGGGGGGGGGGGGGGGGGGGGGGGGGGGGGGGGGGGGGGGGGGGGGGGGGGGGGGGGGGGGGGGGGGGGGGGGGGGGGGGGGGGGGGGGGGGGGGGGGGGGGGGGGGGGGGGGGGGGGGGGGGGGGGGGGGGGGGGGGGGGGGGGGGGGGGGGGGGGGGGGGGGGGGGGGGGGGGGGGGGGGGGGGGGGGGGGGGGGGGGGGGGGGGGGGGGGGGGGGGGGGGGGGGGGGGGGGGGGGGGGGGGGGGGGGGGGGGGGGGGGGGGGGGGGGGGGGGGGGGGGGGGGGGGGGGGGGGGGGGGGGGGGGGGGGGGGGGGGGGGGGGGGGGGGGGGGGGGGGGGGGGGGGGGGGGGGGGGGGGGGGGGGGGGGGGGGGGGGGGGGGGGGGGGGGGGGGGGGGGGGGGGGGGGGGGGGGGGGGGGGGGGGGGGGGGGGGGGGGGGGGGGGGGGGGGGGGGGGGGGGGGGGGGGGGGGGGGGGGGGGGGGGGGGGGGGGGGGGGGGGGGGGGGGGGGGGGGGGGGGGGGGGGGGGGGGGGGGGGGGGGGGGGGGGGGGGGGGGGGGGGGGGGGGGGGGGGGGGGGGGGGGGGGGGGGGGGGGGGGGGGGGGGGGGGGGGGGGGGGGGGGGGGGGGGGGGGGGGGGGGGGGGGGGGGGGGGGGGGGGGGGGGGGGGGGGGGGGGGGGGGGGGGGGGGGGGGGGGGGGGGGGGGGGGGGGGGGGGGGGGGGGGGGGGGGGGGGGGGGGGGGGGGGGGGGGGGGGGGGGGGGGGGGGGGGGGGGGGGGGGGGGGGGGGGGGGGGGGGGGGGGGGUGGGGGGGGGGGGGGGGGGGGGGGGGGGGGGGGGGGGGGGGGGGGGGGGGGGGGGGGGGGGGGGGGGGGGGGGGGGGGGGGGGGGGGGGGGGGGGGGGGGGGGGGGGGGGGGGGGGGGGGGGGGGGGGGGGGGGGGGGGGGGGGGGGGGGGGGGGGGGGGGGGGGGGGGGGGGGGGGGGGGGGGGGGGGGGGGGGGGGGGGGGGGGGGGGGGGGGGGGGGGGGGGGGGGGGGGGGGGGGGGGGGGGGGGGGGGGGGGGGGGGGGGGGGGGGGGGGGGGGGGGGGGGGGGGGGGGGGGGGGGGGGGGGGGGGGGGGGGGGGGGGGGGGGGGGGGGGGGGGGGGGGGGGGGGGGGGGGGGGGGGGGGGGGGGGGGGGGGGGGGGGGGGGGGGGGGGGGGGGGGGGGGGGGGGGGGGGGGGGGGGGGGGGGGGGGGGGGGGGGGGGGGGGGGGGGGGGGGGGGGGGGGGGGGGGGGGGGGGGGGGGGGGGGGGGGGGGGGGGGGGGGGGGGGGGGGGGGGGGGGGGGGGGGGGGGGGGGGGGGGGGGGGGGGGGGGGGGGGGGGGGGGGGGGGGGGGGGGGGGGGGGGGGGGGGGGGGGGGGGGGGGGGGGGGGGGGGGGGGGGGGGGGGGGGGGGGGGGGGGGGGGGGGGGGGGGGGGGGGGGGGGGGGGGGGGGGGGGGGGGGGGGGGGGGGGGGGGGGGGGGGGGGGGGGGGGGGGGGGGGGGGGGGGGGGGGGGGGGGGGGGGGGGGGGGGGGGGGGGGGGGGGGGGGGGGGGGGGGGGGGGGGGGGGGGGGGGGGGGGGGGGGGGGGGGGGGGGGGGGGGGGGGGGGGGGGGGGGGGGGGGGGGGGGGGGGGGGGGGGGGGGGGGGGGGGGGGGGGGGGGGGGGGGGGGGGGGGGGGGGGGGGGGGGGGGGGGGGGGGGGGGGGGGGGGGGGGGGGGGGGGGGGGGGGGGGGGGGGGGGGGGGGGGGGGGGGGGGGGGGGGGGGGGGGGGGGGGGGGGGGGGGGGGGGGGGGGGGGGGGGGGGGGGGGGGGGGGGGGGGGGGGGGGGGGGGGGGGGGGGGGGGGGGGGGGGGGGGGGGGGGGGGGGGGGGGGGGGGGGGGGGGGGGGGGGGGGGGGGGGGGGGGGGGGGGGGGGGGGGGGGGGGGGGGGGGGGGGGGGGGGGGGGGGGGGGGGGGGGGGGGGGGGGGGGGGGGGGGGGGGGGGGGGGGGGGGGGGGGGGGGGGGGGGGGGGGGGGGGGGGGGGGGGGGGGGGGGGGGGGGGGGGGGGGGGGGGGGGGGGGGGGGGGGGGGGGGGGGGGGGGGGGGGGGGGGGGGGGGGGGGGGGGGGGGGGGGGGGGGGGGGGGGGGGGGGGGGGGGGGGGGGGGGGGGGGGGGGGGGGGGGGGGGGGGGGGGGGGGGGGGGGGGGGGGGGGGGGGGGGGGGGGGGGGGGGGGGGGGGGGGGGGGGGGGGGGGGGGGGGGGGGGGGGGGGGGGGGGGGGGGGGGGGGGGGGGGGGGGGGGGGGGGGGGGGGGGGGGGGGGGGGGGGGGGGGGGGGGGGGGGGGGGGGGGGGGGGGGGGGGGGGGGGGGGGGGGGGGGGGGGGGGGGGGGGGGGGGGGGGGGGGGGGGGGGGGGGGGGGGGGGGGGGGGGGGGGGGGGGGGGGGGGGGGGGGGGGGGGGGGGGGGGGGGGGGGGGGGGGGGGGGGGGGGGGGGGGGGGGGGGGGGGGGGGGGGGGGGGGGGGGGGGGGGGGGGGGGGGGGGGGGGGGGGGGGGGGGGGGGGGGGGGGGGGGGGGGGGGGGGGGGGGGGGGGGGGGGGGGGGGGGGGGGGGGGGGGGGGGGGGGGGGGGGGGGGGGGGGGGGGGGGGGGGGAGGGGGGGGGGGGGGGGGGGGGGGGGGGGGGGGGGGGGGGGGGGGGGGGGGGGGGGGGGGGGGGGGGGGGGGGGGGGGGGGGGGGGGGGGGGGGGGGGGGGGGGGGGGGGGGGGGGGGGGGGGGGGGGGGGGGGGGGGGGGGGGGGGGGGGGGGGGGGGGGGGGGGGGGGGGGGGGGGGGGGGGGGGGGGGGGGGGGGGGGGGGGGGGGGGGUGGGGGGGGGGGGGGGGGGGGGGGGGGGGGGGGGGGGGGGGGGGGGGGGGGGGGGGGGGGGGGGGGGGGGGGGGGGGGGGGGGGGGGGGGGGGGGGGGGGGGGGGGGGGGGGGGGGGGGGGGGGGGGGGGGGGGGGGGGGGGGGGGGGGGGGGGGGGGGGGGGGGGGGGGGGGGGGGGGGGGGGGGGGGGGGGGGGGGGGGGGGGGGGGGGGGGGGGGGGGGGGGGGGGGGGGGGGGGGGGGGGGGGGGGGGGGGGGGGGGGGGGGGGGGGGGGGGGGGGGGGGGGGGGGGGGGGGGGGGGGGGGGGGGGGGGGGGGGGGGGGGGGGGGGGGGGGGGGGGGGGGGGGGGGGGGGGGGGGGGGGGGGGGGGGGGGGGGGGGGGGGGGGGGGGGGGGGGGGGGGGGGGGGGGGGGGGGGGGGGGGGGGGGGGGGGGGGGGGGGGGGGGGGGGGGGGGGGGGGGGGGGGGGGGGGGGGGGGGGGGGGGGGGGGGGGGGGGGGGGGGGGGGGGGGGGGGGGGGGGGGGGGGGGGGGGGGGGGGGGGGGGGGGGGGGGGGGGGGGGGGGGGGGGGGGGGGGGGGGGGGGGGGGGGGGGGGGGGGGGGGGGGGGGGGGGGGGGGGGGGGGGGGGGGGGGGGGGGGGGGGGGGGGGGGGGGGGGGGGGGGGGGGGGGGGGGGGGGGGGGGGGGGGGGGGGGGGGGGGGGGGGGGGGGGGGGGGGGGGGGGGGGGGGGGGGGGGGGGGGGGGGGGGGGGGGGGGGGGGGGGGGGGGGGGGGGGGGGGGGGGGGGGGGGGGGGGGGGGGGGGGGGGGGGGGGGGGGGGGGGGGGGGGGGGGGGGGGGGGGGGGGGGGGGGGGGGGGGGGGGGGGGGGGGGGGGGGGGGGGGGGGGGGGGGGGGGGGGGGGGGGGGGGGGGGGGGGGGGGGGGGGGGGGGGGGGGGGGGGGGGGGGGGGGGGGGGGGGGGGGGGGGGGGGGGGGGGGGGGGGGGGGGGGGGGGGGGGGGGGGGGGGGGGGGGGGGGGGGGGGGGGGGGGGGGGGGGGGGGGGGGGGGGGGGGGGGGGGGGGGGGGGGGGGGGGGGGGGGGGGGGGGGGGGGGGGGGGGGGGGGGGGGGGGGGGGGGUGGGGGGGGGGGGGGGGGGGGGGGGGGGGGGGGGGGGGGGGGGGGGGGGGGGGGGGGGGGGGGGGGGGGGGGGGGGGGGGGGGGGGGGGGGGGGGGGGGGGGGGGGGGGGGGGGGGGGGGGGGGGGGGGGGGGGGGGGGGGGGGGGGGGGGGGGGGGGGGGGGGGGGGGGGGGGGGGGGGGGGGGGGGGGGGGGGGGGGGGGGGGGGGGGGGGGGGGGGGGGGGGGGGGGGGGGGGGGGGGGGGGGGGGGGGGGGGGGGGGGGGGGGGGGGGGGGGUGGGGGGGGGGGGGGGGGGGGGGGGGGGGGGGGGGGGGGGGGGGGGGGGGGGGGGGGGGGGGGGGGGGGGGGGGGGGGGGGGGGGGGGGGGGGGGGGGGGGGGGGGGGGGGGGGGGGGGGGGGGGGGGGGGGGGGGGGGGGGGGGGGGGGGGGGGGGGGGGGGGGGGGGGGGGGGGGGGGGGGGGGGGGGGGGGGGGGGGGGGGGGGGGGGGGGGGGGGGGGGGGGGGGGGGGGGGGGGGGGGGGGGGGGGGGGGGGGGGGGGGGGGGGGGGGGGGGGGGGGGGGGGGGGGGGGGGGGGGGGGGGGGGGGGGGGGGGGGGGGGGGGGGGGGGGGGGGGGGGGGGGGGGGGGGGGGGGGGGGGGGGGGGGGGGGGGGGGGGGGGGGGGGGGGGGGGGGGGGGGGGGGGGGGGGGGGGGGGGGGGGGGGGGGGGGGGGGGGGGGGGGGGGGGGGGGGGGGGGGGGGGGGGGGGGGGGGGGGGGGGGGGGGGGGGGGGGGGGGGGGGGGGGGGGGGGGGGGGGGGGGGGGGGGGGGGGGGGGGGGGGGGGGGGGGGGGGGGGGGGGGGGGGGGGGGGGGGGGGGGGGGGGGGGGGGGGGGGGGGGGGGGGGGGGGGGGGGGGGGGGGGGGGGGGGGGGGGGGGGGGGGGGGGGGGGGGGGGGGGGGGGGGGGGGGGGGGGGGGGGGGGGGGGGGGGGGGGGGGGUUGGGGGGGGGGGGGGGGGGGGGGGGGGGGGGGGGGGGGGGGGGGGGGGGGGGGGGGGGGGGGGGGGGGGGGGGGGGGGGGGGGGGGGGGGGGGGGGGGGGGGGGGGGGGGGGGGGGGGGGGGGGGGGGGGGGGGGGGGGGGGGGGGGGGGGGGGGGGGGGGGGGGGGGGGGGGGGGGGGGGGGGGGGGGGGGGGGGGGGGGGGGGGGGGGGGGGGGGGGGGGGGGGGGGGGGGGGGGGGGGGGGGGGGGGGGGGGGGGGGGGGGGGGGGGGGGGUGGGGGGGGGGGGGGGGGGGGGGGGGGGGGGGGGGGGGGGGGGGGGGGGGGGGGGGGGGGGGGGGGGGGGGGGGGGGGGGGGGGGGGGGGGGGGGGGGGGGGGGGGGGGGGGGGGGGGGGGGGGGGGGGGGGGGGGGGGGGGGGGGGGGGGGGGGGGGGGGGGGGGGGGGGGGGGGGGGGGGGGGGGGGGGGUGGGGGGGGGGGGGGGGGGGGGGGGGGGGGGGGGGGGGGGGGGGGGGGGGGGGGGGGGGGGGGGGGGGGGGGGGGGGGGGGGGGGGGGGGGGGGGGGGGGGGGGGGGGGGGGGGGGGGGGGGGGGGGGGGGGGGGGGGGGGGGGGGGGGGGGGGGGGGGGGGGGGGGGGGGGGGGGGGGGGGGGGGGGGGGGGGGGGGGGGGGGGGGGGGGGGGGGGGGGGGGGGGGGGGGGGGGGGGGGGGGGGGGGGGGGGGGGGGGGGGGGGGGGGGGGGGGGGGGGGGGGGGGGGGGGGGGGGGGGGGGGGGGGGGGGGGGGGGGGGGGGGGGGGGGGGGGGGGGGGGGGGUGGGGGGGGGGGGGGGGGGGGGGGGGGGGGGGGGGGGGGGGGGGGGGGGGGGGGGGGGGGGGGGGGGGGGGGGGGGGGGGGGGGGGGGGGGGGGGGGGGGGGGGGGGGGGGGGGGGGGGGGGGGGGGGGGGGGGGGGGGGGGGGGGGGGGGGGGGGGGGGGGGGGGGGGGGGGGGGGGGGGGGGGGGGGGGGGGGGGGGGGGGGGGGGGGGGGGGGGGGGGGGGGGGGGGGGGGGGGGGGGGGGGGGGGGGGGGGGGGGGGGGGGGGGGGGGGGGGGGGGGGGGGGGGGGGGGGGGGGGGGGGGGGGGGGGGGGGGGGGGGGGGGGGGGGGGGUGGGGGGGGGGGGGGGGGGGGGGGGGGGGGGGGGGGGGGGGGGGGGGGGGGGGGGGGGGGGGGGGGGGGGGGGGGGGGGGGGGGUGGGGGGGGGGGGGGGGGGGGGGGGGGGGGGGGGGGGGGGGGGGGGGGGGGGGGGGGGGGGGGGGGGGGGGGGGGGGGGGGGGGGGGGGGGGGGGGGGGGGGGGGGGGGGGGGGGGGGGGGGGGGGGGGGGGGGGGGGGGGGGGGGGGGGGGGGGGGGGGGGGGGGGGGGGGGGGGGGGGGGGGGGGGGGGGGGGGGGGGGGGGGGGGGGGGGGGGGGGGGGGGGGGGGGGGGGGGGGGGGGGGGGGGGGGGGGGGGGGGGGGGGGGGGGGGGGGGGGGGGGGGGGGGGGGGGGGGGGGGGGGGGGGGGGGGGGGGGGGGGGGGGGGGGGGGGGGGGGGGGGGGGGGGGGGGGGGGGGGGGGGGGGGGGGGGGGGGGGGGGGGGGGGGGGGGGGGGGGGGGGGGGGGGGGGGGGGGGGGGGGGGGGGGGGGGGGGGGGGGGGGGGGGGGGGGGGGGGGGGGGGGGGGGGGGGGGGGGGGGGGGGGGGGGGGGGGGGGGGGGGGGGGGGGGGGGGGGGGGGGGGGGGGGGGGGGGGGGGGGGGGGGGGGGGGGGGGGGGGGGGGGGGGGGGGGGGGGGGGGGGGGGGGGGGGGGGGGGGGGGGGGGGGGGGGGGGGGGGGGGGGGGGGGGGGGGGGGGGGGGGGGGGGGGGGGGGGGGGGGGGGGGGGGGGGGGGGGGGGGGGGGGGGGGGGGGGGGGGGGGGGGGGGGGGGGGGGGGGGGGGGGGGGGGGGGGGGGGGGGGGGGGGGGGGGGGGGGGGGGGGGGGGGGGGGGGGGGGGGGGGGGGGGGGGGGGGGGGGGGGGGGGGGGGGGGGGGGGGGGGGGGGGGGGGGGGGGGGGGGGGGGGGGGGGGGGGGGGGGGGGGGGGGGGGGGGGGGGGGGGGGGGGGGGGGGGGGGGGGGGGGGGGGGGGGGGGGGGGGGGGGGGGGGGGGGGGGGGGGGGGGGGGGGGGGGGGGGGGGGGGGGGGGGGGGGGGGGGGGGGGGGGGGGGGGGGGGGGGGGGGGGGGGGGGGGGGGGGGGGGGGGGGGGGGGGGGGGGGGGGGGGGGGGGGGGGGGGGGGGGGGGGGGGGGGGGGGGGGGGGGGGGGGGGGGGGGGGGGGGGGGGGGGGGGGGGGGGGGGGGGGGGGGGGGGGGGGGGGGGGGGGGGGGGGGGGGGGGGGGGGGGGGGGGGGGGGGGGGGGGGGGGGGGGGGGGGGGGGGGGGGGGGGGGGGGGGGGGGGGGGGGGGGGGGGGGGGGGGGGGGGGGGGGGGGGGGGGGGGGGGGGGGGGGGGGGGGGGGGGGGGGGGGGGGGGGGGGGGGGGGGGGGGGGGGGGGGGGGGGGGGGGGGGGGGGGGGGGGGGGGGGGGGGGGGGGGGGGGGGGGGGGGGGGGGGGGGGGGGGGGGGGGGGGGGGGGGGGGGGGGGGGGGGGGGGGGGGGGGGGGGGGGGGGGGGGGGGGGGGGGGGGGGGGGGGGGGGGGGGGGGGGGGGGGGGGGGGGGGGGGGGGGGGGGGGGGGGGGGGGGGGGGGGGGGGGGGGGGGGGGGGGGGGGGGGGGGGGGGGGGGGGGGGGGGGGGGGGGGGGGGGGGGGGGGGGGGGGGGGGGGGGGGGGGGGGGGGGGGGGGGGGGGGGGGGGGGGGGGGGGGGGGGGGGGGGGGGGGGGGGGGGGGGGGGGGGGGGGGGGGGGGGGGGGGGGGGGGGGGGGGGGGGGGGGGGGGGGGGGGGGGGGGGGGGGGGGGGGGGGGGGGGGGGGGGGGGGGGGGGGGGGGGGGGGGGGGGGGGGGGGGGGGGGGGGGGGGGGGGGGGGGGGGGGGGGGGGGGGGGGGGGGGGGGGGGGGGGGGGGGGGGGGGGGGGGGGGGGGGGGGGGGGGGGGGGGGGGGGGGGGGGGGGGGGGGGGGGGGGGGGGGGGGGGGGGGGGGGGGGGGGGGGGGGGGGGGGGGGGGGGGGGGGGGGGGGGGGGGGGGGGGGGGGGGGGGGGGGGGGGGGGGGGGGGGGGGGGGGGGGGGGGGGGGGGGGGGGGGGGGGGGGGGGGGGGGGGGGGGGGGGGGGGGGGGGGGGGGGGGGGGGGGGGGGGGGGGGGGGGGGGGGGGGGGGGGGGGGGGGGGGGGGGGGGGGGGGGGGGGGGGGGGGGGGGGGGGGGGGGGGGGGGGGGGGGGGGGGGGGGGGGGGGGGGGGGGGGGGGGGGGGGGGGGGGGGGGGGGGGGGGGGGGGGGGGGGGGGGGGGGGGGGGGGGGGGGGGGGGGGGGGGGGGGGGGGGGGGGGGGGGGGGGGGGGGGGGGGGGGGGGGGGGGGGGGGGGGGGGGGGGGGGGGGGGGGGGGGGGGGGGGGGGGGGGGGGGGGGGGGGGGGGGGGGGGGGGGGGGGGGGGGGGGGGGGGGGGGGGGGGGGGGGGGGGGGGGGGGGGGGGGGGGGGGGGGGGGGGGGGGGGGUGGGGGGGGGGGGGGGGGGGGGGGGGGGGGGGGGGGGGGGGGGGGGGGGGGGGGGGGGGGGGGGGGGGGGGGGGGGGGGGGGGGGGGGGGGGGGGGGGGGGGGGGGGGGGGGGGGGGGGGGGGGGGGGGGGGGGGGGGGGGGGGGGGGGGGGGGGGGGGGGGGGGGGGGGGGGGGGGGGGGGGGGGGGGGGGGGGGGGGGGGGGGGGGGGGGGGGGGGGGGGGGGGGGGGGGGGGGGGGGGGGGGGGGGGGGGGGGGGGGGGGGGGGGGGGGGGGGGGGGGGGGGGGGGGGGGGGGGGGGGGGGGGGGGGGGGGGGGGGGGGGGGGGGGGGGGGGGGGGGGGGGGGGGGGGGGGGGGGGGGGGGGGGGGGGGGGGGGGGGGGGGGGGGGGGGGGGGGGGGGGGGGGGGGGGGGGGGGGGGGGGGGGGGGGGGGGGGGGGGGGGGGGGGGGGGGGGGGGGGGGGGGGGGGGGGGGGGGGGGGGGGGGGGGGGGGGGGGGGGGGGGGGGGGGGGGGGGGGGGGGGGGGGGGGGGGGGGGGGGGGGGGGGGGGGGGGGGGGGGGGGGGGGGGGGGGGGGGGGGGGGGGGGGGGGGGGGGGGGGGGGGGGGGGGGGGGGGGGGGGGGGGGGGGGGGGGGGGGGGGGGGGGGGGGGGGGGGGGGGGGGGGGGGGGGGGGGGGGGGGGGGGGGGGGGGGGGGGGGGGGGGGGGGGGGGGGGGGGGGGGGGGGGGGGGGGGGGGGGGGGGGGGGGGGGGGGGGGGGGGGGGGGGGGGGGGGGGGGGGGGGGGGGGGGGGGGGGGGGGGGGGGGGGGGGGGGGGGGGGGGGGGGGGGGGGGGGGGGGGGGGGGGGGGGGGGGGGGGGGGGGGGGGGGGGGGGGGGGGGGGGGGGGGGGGGGGGGGGGGGGGGGGGGGGGGGGGGGGGGGGGGGGGGGGGGGGGGGGGGGGGGGGGGGGGGGGGGGGGGGGGGGGGGGGGGGGGGGGGGGGGGGGGGGGGGGGGGGGGGGGGGGGGGGGGGGUGGGGGGGGGGGGGGGGGGGGGGGGGGGGGGGGGGGGGGGGGGGGGGGGGGGGGGGGGGGGGGGGGGGGGGGGGGGGGGGGGGGGGGGGGGGGGGGGGGGGGGGGGGGGGGGGGGGGGGGGGGGGGGGGGGGGGGGGGGGGGGGGGGGGGGGGGGGGGGGGGGGGGGGGGGGGGGGGGGGGGGGGGGGGGGGGGGGGGGGGGGGGGGGGGGGGGGGGGGGGGGGGGGGGGGGGGGGGGGGGGGGGGGGGGGGGGGGGGGGGGGGGGGGGGGGGGGGGGGGGGGGGGGGGGGGGGGGGGGGGGGGGGGGGGGGGGGGGGGGGGGGGGGGGGGGGGGGGGGGGGGGGGGGGGGGGGGGGGGGGGGGGGGGGGGGGGGGGGGGGGGGGGGGGGGGGGGGGGGGGGGGGGGGGGGGGGGGGGGGGGGGGGGGGGGGGGGGGGGGGGGGGGGGGGGGGGGGGGGGGGGGGGGGGGGGGGGGGGGGGGGGGGGGGGGGGGGGGGGGGGGGGGGGGGGGGGGGGGGGGGGGGGGGGGGGGGGGGGGGGGGGGGGGGGGGGGGGGGGGGGGGGGGGGGGGGGGGGGGGGGGGGGGGGGGGGGGGGGGGGGGGGGGGGGGGGGGGGGGGGGGGGGGGGGGGGGGGGGGGGGGGGGGGGGGGGGGGGGGGGGGGGGGGGGGGGGGGGGGGGGGGGGGGGGGGGGGGGGGGGGGGGGGGGGGGGGGGGGGGGGGGGGGGGGGGGGGGGGGGGGGGGGGGGGGGGGGGGGGGGGGGGGGGGGGGGGGGGGGGGGGGGGGGGGGGGGGGGGGGGGGGGGGGGGGGGGGGGGGGGGGGGGGGGGGGGGGGGGGGGGGGGGGGGGGGGGGGGGGGGGGGGGGGGGGGGGGGGGGGGGGGGGGGGGGGGGGGGGGGGGGGGGGGGGGGGGGGGGGGGGGGGGGGGGGGGGGGGGGGGGGGGGGGGGGGGGGGGGGGGGGGGGGGGGGGGGGGGGGGGGGGGGGGGGGGGGGGGGGGGGGGGGGGGGGGGGGGGGGGGGGGGGGGGGGGGGGGGGGGGGGGGGGGGGGGGGGGGGGGGGGGGGGGGGGGGGGGGGGGGGGGGGGGGGGGGGGGGGGGGGGGGGGGGGGGGGGGGGGGGGGGGGGGGGGGGGGGGGGGGGGGGGGGGGGGGGGGGGGGGGGGGGGGGGGGGGGGGGGGGGGGGGGGGGGGGGGGGGGGGGGGGGGGGGGGGGGGGGGGGGGGGGGGGGGGGGGGGGGGGGGGGGGGGGGGGGGGGGGGGGGGGGGGGGGGGGGGGGGGGGGGGGGGGGGGGGGGGGGGGGGGGGGGGGGGGGGGGGGGGGGGGGGGGGGGGGGGGGGGGGGGGGGGGGGGGGGGGGGGGGGGGGGGGGGGGGGGGGGGGGGGGGGGGGGGGGGGGGGGGGGGGGGGGGGGGGGGGGGGGGGGGGGGGGGGGGGGGGGGGGGGGGGGGGGGGGGGGGGGGGGGGGGGGGGGGGGGGGGGGGGGGGGGGGGGGGGGGGGGGGGGGGGGGGGGGGGGGGGGGGGGGGGGGGGGGGGGGGGGGGGGGGGGGGGGGGGGGGGGGGGGGGGGGGGGGGGGGGGGGGGGGGGGGGGGGGGGGGGGGGGGGGGGGGGGGGGGGGGGGGGGGGGGGGGGGGGGGGGGGGGGGGGGGGGGGGGGGGGGGGGGGGGGGGGGGGGGGGGGGGGGGGGGGGGGGGGGGGGGGGGGGGGGGGGGGGGGGGGGGGGGGGGGGGGGGGGGGGGGGGGGGGGGGGGGGGGGGGGGGGGGGGGGGGGGGGGGGGGGGGGGGGGGGGGGGGGGGGGGGGGGGGGGGGGGGGGGGGGGGGGGGGGGGGGGGGGGGGGGGGGGGGGGGGGGGGGGGGGGGGGGGGGGGGGGGGGGGGGGGGGGGGGGGGGGGGGGGGGGGGGGGGGGGGGGGGGGGGGGGGGGGGGGGGGGGGGGGGGGGGGGGGGGGGGGGGGGGGGGGGGGGGGGGGGGGGGGGGGGGGGGGGGGGGGGGGGGGGGGGGGGGGGGGGGGGGGGGGGGGGGGGGGGGGGGGGGGGGGGGGGGGGGGGGGGGGGGGGGGGGGGGGGGGGGGGGGGGGGGGGGGGGGGGGGGGGGGGGGGGGGGGGGGGGGGGGGGGGGGGGGGGGGGGGGGGGGGGGGGGGGGGGGGGGGGGGGGGGGGGGGGGGGGGGGGGGGGGGGGGGGGGGGGGGGGGGGGGGGGGGGGGGGGGGGGGGGGGGGGGGGGGGGGGGGGGGGGGGGGGGGGGGGGGGGGGGGGGGGGGGGGGGGGGGGGGGGGGGGGGGGGGGGGGGGGGGGGGGGGGGGGGGGGGGGGGGGGGGGGGGGGGGGGGGGGGGGGGGGGGGGGGGGGGGGGGGGGGGGGGGGGGGGGGGGGGGGGGGGGGGGGGGGGGGGGGGGGGGGGGGGGGGGGGGGGGGGGGGGGGGGGGGGGGGGGGGGGGGGGGGGGGGGGGGGGGGGGGGGGGGGGGGGGGGGGGGGGGGGGGGGGGGGGGGGGGGGGGGGGGGGGGGGGGGGGGGGGGGGGGGGGGGGGGGGGGGGGGGGGGGGGGGGGGGGGGGGGGGGGGGGGGGGGGGGGGGGGGGGGGGGGGGGGGGGGGGGGGGGGGGGGGGGGGGGGGGGGGGGGGGGGGGGGGGGGGGGGGGGGGGGGGGGGGGGGGGGGGGGGGGGGGGGGGGGGGGGGGGGGGGGGGGGGGGGGGGGGGGGGGGGGGGGGGGGGGGGGGGGGGGGGGGGGGGGGGGGGGGGGGGGGGGGGGGGGGGGGGGGGGGGGGGGGGGGGGGGGGGGGGGGGGGGGGGGGGGGGGGGGGGGGGGGGGGGGGGGGGGGGGGGGGGGGGGGGGGGGGGGGGGGGGGGGGGGGGGGGGGGGGGGGGGGGGGGGGGGGGGGGGGGGGGGGGGGGGGGGGGGGGGGGGGGGGGGGGGGGGGGGGGGGGGGGGGGGGGGGGGGGGGGGGGGGGGGGGGGGGGGGGGGGGGGGGGGGGGGGGGGGGGGGGGGGGGGGGGGGGGGGGGGGGGGGGGGGGGGGGGGGGGGGGGGGGGGGGGGGGGGGGGGGGGGGGGGGGGGGGGGGGGGGGGGGGGGGGGGGGGGGGGGGGGGGGGGGGGGGGGGGGGGGGGGGGGGGGGGGGGGGGGGGGGGGGGGGGGGGGGGGGGGGGGGGGGGGGGGGGGGGGGGGGGGGGGGGGGGGGGGGGGGGGGGGGGGGGGGGGGGGGGGGGGGGGGGGGGGGGGGGGGGGGGGGGGGGGGGGGGGGGGGGGGGGGGGGGGGGGGGGGGGGGGGGGGGGGGGGGGGGGGGGGGGGGGGGGGGGGGGGGGGGGGGGGGGGGGGGGGGGGGGGGGGGGGGGGGGGGGGGGGGGGGGGGGGGGGGGGGGGGGGGGGGGGGGGGGGGGGGGGGGGGGGGGGGGGGGGGGGGGGGGGGGGGGGGGGGGGGGGGGGGGGGGGGGGGGGGGGGGGGGGGGGGGGGGGGGGGGGGGGGGGGGGGGGGGGGGGGGGGGGGGGGGGGGGGGGGGGGGGGGGGGGGGGGGGGGGGGGGGGGGGGGGGGGGGGGGGGGGGGGGGGGGGGGGGGGGGGGGGGGGGGGGGGGGGGGGGGGGGGGGGGGGGGGGGGGGGGGGGGGGGGGGGGGGGGGGGGGGGGGGGGGGGGGGGGGGGGGGGGGGGGGGGGGGGGGGGGGGGGGGGGGGGGGGGGGGGGGGGGGGGGGGGGGGGGGGGGGGGGGGGGGGGGGGGGGGGGGGGGGGGGGGGGGGGGGGGGGGGGGGGGGGGGGGGGGGGGGGGGGGGGGGGGGGGGGGGGGGGGGGGGGGGGGGGGGGGGGGGGGGGGGGGGGGGGGGGGGGGGGGGGGGGGGGGGGGGGGGGGGGGGGGGGGGGGGGGGGGGGGGGGGGGGGGGGGGGGGGGGGGGGGGGGGGGGGGGGGGGGGGGGGGGGGGGGGGGGGGGGGGGGGGGGGGGGGGGGGGGGGGGGGGGGGGGGGGGGGGGGGGGGGGGGGGGGGGGGGGGGGGGGGGGGGGGGGGGGGGGGGGGGGGGGGGGGGGGGGGGGGGGGGGGGGGGGGGGGGGGGGGGGGGGGGGGGGGGGGGGGGGGGGGGGGGGGGGGGGGGGGGGGGGGGGGGGGGGGGGGGGGGGGGGGGGGGGGGGGGGGGGGGGGGGGGGGGGGGGGGGGGGGGGGGGGGGGGGGGGGGGGGGGGGGGGGGGGGGGGGGGGGGGGGGGGGGGGGGGGGGGGGGGGGGGGGGGGGGGGGGGGGGGGGGGGGGGGGGGGGGGGGGGGGGGGGGGGGGGGGGGGGGGGGGGGGGGGGGGGGGGGGGGGGGGGGGGGGGGGGGGGGGGGGGGGGGGGGGGGGGGGGGGGGGGGGGGGGGGGGGGGGGGGGGGGGGGGGGGGGGGGGGGGGGGGGGGGGGGGGGGGGGGGGGGGGGGGGGGGGGGGGGGGGGGGGGGGGGGGGGGGGGGGGGGGGGGGGGGGGGGGGGGGGGGGGGGGGGGGGGGGGGGGGGGGGGGGGGGGGGGGGGGGGGGGGGGGGGGGGGGGGGGGGGGGGGGGGGGGGGGGGGGGGGGGGGGGGGGGGGGGGGGGGGGGGGGGGGGGGGGGGGGGGGGGGGGGGGGGGGGGGGGGGGGGGGGGGGGGGGGGGGGGGGGGGGGGGGGGGGGGGGGGGGGGGGGGGGGGGGGGGGGGGGGGGGGGGGGGGGGGGGGGGGGGGGGGGGGGGGGGGGGGGGGGGGGGGGGGGGGGGGGGGGGGGGGGGGGGGGGGGGGGGGGGGGGGGGGGGGGGGGGGGGGGGGGGGGGGGGGGGGGGGGGGGGGGGGGGGGGGGGGGGGGGGGGGGGGGGGGGGGGGGGGGGGGGGGGGGGGGGGGGGGGGGGGGGGGGGGGGGGGGGGGGGGGGGGGGGGGGGGGGGGGGGGGGGGGGGGGGGGGGGGGGGGGGGGGGGGGGGGGGGGGGGGGGGGGGGGGGGGGGGGGGGGGGGGGGGGGGGGGGGGGGGGGGGGGGGGGGGGGGGGGGGGGGGGGGGGGGGGGGGGGGGGGGGGGGGGGGGGGGGGGGGGGGGGGGGGGGGGGGGGGGGGGGGGGGGGGGGGGGGGGGGGGGGGGGGGGGGGGGGGGGGGGGGGGGGGGGGGGGGGGGGGGGGGGGGGGGGGGGGGGGGGGGGGGGGGGGGGGGGGGGGGGGGGGGGGGGGGGGGGGGGGGGGGGGGGGGGGGGGGGGGGGGGGGGGGGGGGGGGGGGGGGGGGGGGGGGGGGGGGGGGGGGGGGGGGGGGGGGGGGGGGGGGGGGGGGGGGGGGGGGGGGGGGGGGGGGGGGGGGGGGGGGGGGGGGGGGGGGGGGGGGGGGGGGGGGGGGGGGGGGGGGGGGGGGGGGGGGGGGGGGGGGGGGGGGGGGGGGGGGGGGGGGGGGGGGGGGGGGGGGGGGGGGGGGGGGGGGGGGGGGGGGGGGGGGGGGGGGGGGGGGGGGGGGGGGGGGGGGGGGGGGGGGGGGGGGGGGGGGGGGGGGGGGGGGGGGGGGGGGGGGGGGGGGGGGGGGGGGGGGGGGGGGGGGGGGGGGGGGGGGGGGGGGGGGGGGGGGGGGGGGGGGGGGGGGGGGGGGGGGGGGGGGGGGGGGGGGGGGGGGGGGGGGGGGGGGGGGGGGGGGGGGGGGGGGGGGGGGGGGGGGGGGGGGGGGGGGGGGGGGGGGGGGGGGGGGGGGGGGGGGGGGGGGGGGGGGGGGGGGGGGGGGGGGGGGGGGGGGGGGGGGGGGGGGGGGGGGGGGGGGGGGGGGGGGGGGGGGGGGGGGGGGGGGGGGGGGGGGGGGGGGGGGGGGGGGGGGGGGGGGGGGGGGGGGGGGGGGGGGGGGGGGGGGGGGGGGGGGGGGGGGGGGGGGGGGGGGGGGGGGGGGGGGGGGGGGGGGGGGGGGGGGGGGGGGGGGGGGGGGGGGGGGGGGGGGGGGGGGGGGGGGGGGGGGGGGGGGGGGGGGGGGGGGGGGGGGGGGGGGGGGGGGGGGGGGGGGGGGGGGGGGGGGGGGGGGGGGGGGGGGGGGGGGGGGGGGGGGGGGGGGGGGGGGGGGGGGGGGGGGGGGGGGGGGGGGGGGGGGGGGGGGGGGGGGGGGGGGGGGGGGGGGGGGGGGGGGGGGGGGGGGGGGGGGGGGGGGGGGGGGGGGGGGGGGGGGGGGGGGGGGGGGGGGGGGGGGGGGGGGGGGGGGGGGGGGGGGGGGGGGGGGGGGGGGGGGGGGGGGGGGGGGGGGGGGGGGGGGGGGGGGGGGGGGGGGGGGGGGGGGGGGGGGGGGGGGGGGGGGGGGGGGGGGGGGGGGGGGGGGGGGGGGGGGGGGGGGGGGGGGGGGGGGGGGGGGGGGGGGGGGGGGGGGGGGGGGGGGGGGGGGGGGGGGGGGGGGGGGGGGGGGGGGGGGGGGGGGGGGGGGGGGGGGGGGGGGGGGGGGGGGGGGGGGGGGGGGGGGGGGGGGGGGGGGGGGGGGGGGGGGGGGGGGGGGGGGGGGGGGGGGGGGGGGGGGGGGGGGGGGGGGGGGGGGGGGGGGGGGGGGGGGGGGGGGGGGGGGGGGGGGGGGGGGGGGGGGGGGGGGGGGGGGGGGGGGGGGGGGGGGGGGGGGGGGGGGGGGGGGGGGGGGGGGGGGGGGGGGGGGGGGGGGGGGGGGGGGGGGGGGGGGGGGGGGGGGGGGGGGGGGGGGGGGGGGGGGGGGGGGGGGGGGGGGGGGGGGGGGGGGGGGGGGGGGGGGGGGGGGGGGGGGGGGGGGGGGGGGGGGGGGGGGGGGGGGGGGGGGGGGGGGGGGGGGGGGGGGGGGGGGGGGGGGGGGGGGGGGGGGGGGGGGGGGGGGGGGGGGGGGGGGGGGGGGGGGGGGGGGGGGGGGGGGGGGGGGGGGGGGGGGGGGGGGGGGGGGGGGGGGGGGGGGGGGGGGGGGGGGGGGGGGGGGGGGGGGGGGGGGGGGGGGGGGGGGGGGGGGGGGGGGGGGGGGGGGGGGGGGGGGGGGGGGGGGGGGGGGGGGGGGGGGGGGGGGGGGGGGGGGGGGGGGGGGGGGGGGGGGGGGGGGGGGGGGGGGGGGGGGGGGGGGGGGGGGGGGGGGGGGGGGGGGGGGGGGGGGGGGGGGGGGGGGGGGGGGGGGGGGGGGGGGGGGGGGGGGGGGGGGGGGGGGGGGGGGGGGGGGGGGGGGGGGGGGGGGGGGGGGGGGGGGGGGGGGGGGGGGGGGGGGGGGGGGGGGGGGGGGGGGGGGGGGGGGGGGGGGGGGGGGGGGGGGGGGGGGGGGGGGGGGGGGGGGGGGGGGGGGGGGGGGGGGGGGGGGGGGGGGGGGGGGGGGGGGGGGGGGGGGGGGGGGGGGGGGGGGGGGGGGGGGGGGGGGGGGGGGGGGGGGGGGGGGGGGGGGGGGGGGGGGGGGGGGGGGGGGGGGGGGGGGGGGGGGGGGGGGGGGGGGGGGGGGGGGGGGGGGGGGGGGGGGGGGGGGGGGGGGGGGGGGGGGGGGGGGGGGGGGGGGGGGGGGGGGGGGGGGGGGGGGGGGGGGGGGGGGGGGGGGGGGGGGGGGGGGGGGGGGGGGGGGGGGGGGGGGGGGGGGGGGGGGGGGGGGGGGGGGGGGGGGGGGGGGGGGGGGGGGGGGGGGGGGGGGGGGGGGGGGGGGGGGGGGGGGGGGGGGGGGGGGGGGGGGGGGGGGGGGGGGGGGGGGGGGGGGGGGGGGGGGGGGGGGGGGGGGGGGGGGGGGGGGGGGGGGGGGGGGGGGGGGGGGGGGGGGGGGGGGGGGGGGGGGGGGGGGGGGGGGGGGGGGGGGGGGGGGGGGGGGGGGGGGGGGGGGGGGGGGGGGGGGGGGGGGGGGGGGGGGGGGGGGGGGGGGGGGGGGGGGGGGGGGGGGGGGGGGGGGGGGGGGGGGGGGGGGGGGGGGGGGGGGGGGGGGGGGGGGGGGGGGGGGGGGGGGGGGGGGGGGGGGGGGGGGGGGGGGGGGGGGGGGGGGGGGGGGGGGGGGGGGGGGGGGGGGGGGGGGGGGGGGGGGGGGGGGGGGGGGGGGGGGGGGGGGGGGGGGGGGGGGGAGAGAGGGGGGGGGGGGGGGGGGGGGGGGGGGGGGGGGGGGGGGGGGGGGGGGGGGGGGGGGGGGGGGGGGGGGGGGGGGGGGGGGGGGGGGGGGGGGGGGGGGGGGGGGGGGGGGGGGGGGGGGGGGGGGGGGGGGGGGGGGGGGGGGGGGGGGGGGGGGGGGGGGGGGGGGGGGGGGGGGGGGGGGGGGGGGGGGGGGGGGGGGGGGGGGGGGGGGGGGGGGGGGGGGGGGGGGGGGGGGGGGGGGGGGGGGGGGGGGGGGGGGGGGGGGGGGGGGGGGGGGGGGGGGGGGGGGGGGGGGGGGGGGGGGGGGGGGGGGGGGGGGGGGGGGGGGGGGGGGGGGGGGGGGGGGGGGGGGGGGGGGGGGGGGGGGGGGGGGGGGGGGGGGGGGGGGGGGGGGGGGGGGGGGGGGGGGGGGGGGGGGGGGGGGGGGGGGGGGGGGGGGGGGGGGGGGGGGGGGGGGGGGGGGGGGGGGGGGGGGGGGGGGGGGGGGGGGGGGGGGGGGGGGGGGGGGGGGGGGGGGGGGGGGGGGGGGGGGGGGGGGGGGGGGGGGGGGGGGGGGGGGGGGGGGGGGGGGGGGGGGGGGGGGGGGGGGGGGGGGGGGGGGGGGGGGGGGGGGGGGGGGGGGGGGGGGGGGGGGGGGGGGGGGGGGGGGGGGGGGGGGGGGGGGGGGGGGGGGGGGGGGGGGGGGGGGGGGGGGGGGGGGGGGGGGGGGGGGGGGGGGGGGGGGGGGGGGGGGGGGGGGGGGGGGGGGGGGGGGGGGGGGGGGGGGGGGGGGGGGGGGGGGGGGGGGGGGGGGGGGGGGGGGGGGGGGGGGGGGGGGGGGGGGGGGGGGGGGGGGGGGGGGGGGGGGGGGGGGGGGGGGGGGGGGGGGGGGGGGGGGGGGGGGGGGGGGGGGGGGGGGGGGGGGGGGGGGGGGGGGGGGGGGGGGGGGGGGGGGGGGGGGGGGGGGGGGGGGGGGGGGGGGGGGGGGGGGGGGGGGGGGGGGGGGGGGGGGGGGGGGGGGGGGGGGGGGGGGGGGGGGGGGGGGGGGGGGGGGGGGGGGGGGGGGGGGGGGGGGGGGGGGGGGGGGGGGGGGGGGGGGGGGGGGGGGGGGGGGGGGGGGGGGGGGGGGGGGGGGGGGGGGGGGGGGGGGGGGGGGGGGGGGGGGGGGGGGGGGGGGGGGGGGGGGGGGGGGGGGGGGGGGGGGGGGGGGGGGGGGGGGGGGGGGGGGGGGGGGGGGGGGGGGGGGGGGGGGGGGGGGGGGGGGGGGGGGGGGGGGGGGGGGGGGGGGGGGGGGGGGGGGGGGGGGGGGGGGGGGGGGGGGGGGGGGGGGGGGGGGGGGGGGGGGGGGGGGGGGGGGGGGGGGGGGGGGGGGGGGGGGGGGGGGGGGGGGGGGGGGGGGGGGGGGGGGGGGGGGGGGGGGGGGGGGGGGGGGGGGGGGGGGGGGGGGGGGGGGGGGGGGGGGGGGGGGGGGGGGGGGGGGGGGGGGGGGGGGGGGGGGGGGGGGGGGGGGGGGGGGGGGGGGGGGGGGGGGGGGGGGGGGGGGGGGGGGGGGGGGGGGGGGGGGGGGGGGGGGGGGGGGGGGGGGGGGGGGGGGGGGGGGGGGGGGGGGGGGGGGGGGGGGGGGGGGGGGGGGGGGGGGGGGGGGGGGGGGGGGGGGGGGGGGGGGGGGGGGGGGGGGGGGGGGGGGGGGGGGGGGGGGGGGGGGGGGGGGGGGGGGGGGGGGGGGGGGGGGGGGGGGGGGGGGGGGGGGGGGGGGGGGGGGGGGGGGGGGGGGGGGGGGGGGGGGGGGGGGGGGGGGGGGGGGGGGGGGGGGGGGGGGGGGGGGGGGGGGGGGGGGGGGGGGGGGGGGGGGGGGGGGGGGGGGGGGGGGGGGGGGGGGGGGGGGGGGGGGGGGGGGGGGGGGGGGGGGGGGGGGGGGGGGGGGGGGGGGGGGGGGGGGGGGGGGGGGGGGGGGGGGGGGGGGGGGGGGGGGGGGGGGGGGGGGGGGGGGGGGGGGGGGGGGGGGGGGGGGGGGGGGGGGGGGGGGGGGGGGGGGGGGGGGGGGGGGGGGGGGGGGGGGGGGGGGGGGGGGGGGGGGGGGGGGGGGGGGGGGGGGGGGGGGGGGGGGGGGGGGGGGGGGGGGGGGGGGGGGGGGGGGGGGGGGGGGGGGGGGGGGGGGGGGGGGGGGGGGGGGGGGGGGGGGGGGGGGGGGGGGGGGGGGGGGGGGGGGGGGGGGGGGGGGGGGGGGGGGGGGGGGGGGGGGGGGGGGGGGGGGGGGGGGGGGGGGGGGGGGGGGGGGGGGGGGGGGGGGGGGGGGGGGGGGGGGGGGGGGGGGGGGGGGGGGGGGGGGGGGGGGGGGGGGGGGGGGGGGGGGGGGGGGGGGGGGGGGGGGGGGGGGGGGGGGGGGGGGGGGGGGGGGGGGGGGGGGGGGGGGGGGGGGGGGGGGGGGGGGGGGGGGGGGGGGGGGGGGGGGGGGGGGGGGGGGGGGGGGGGGGGGGGGGGGGGGGGGGGGGGGGGGGGGGGGGGGGGGGGGGGGGGGGGGGGGGGGGGGGGGGGGGGGGGGGGGGGGGGGGGGGGGGGGGGGGGGGGGGGGGGGGGGGGGGGGGGGGGGGGGGGGGGGGGGGGGGGGGGGGGGGGGGGGGGGGGGGGGGGGGGGGGGGGGGGGGGGGGGGGGGGGGGGGGGGGGGGGGGGGGGGGGGGGGGGGGGGGGGGGGGGGGGGGGGGGGGGGGGGGGGGGGGGGGGGGGGGGGGGGGGGGGGGGGGGGGGGGGGGGGGGGGGGGGGGGGGGGGGGGGGGGGGGGGGGGGGGGGGGGGGGGGGGGGGGGGGGGGGGGGGGGGGGGGGGGGGGGGGGGGGGGGGGGGGGGGGGGGGGGGGGGGGGGGGGGGGGGGGGGGGGGGGGGGGGGGGGGGGGGGGGGGGGGGGGGGGGGGGGGGGGGGGGGGGGGGGGGGGGGGGGGGGGGGGGGGGGGGGGGGGGGGGGGGGGGGGGGGGGGGGGGGGGGGGGGGGGGGGGGGGGGGGGGGGGGGGGGGGGGGGGGGGGGGGGGGGGGGGGGGGGGGGGGGGGGGGGGGGGGGGGGGGGGGGGGGGGGGGGGGGGGGGGGGGGGGGGGGGGGGGGGGGGGGGGGGGGGGGGGGGGGGGGGGGGGGGGGGGGGGGGGGGGGGGGGGGGGGGGGGGGGGGGGGGGGGGGGGGGGGGGGGGGGGGGGGGGGGGGGGGGGGGGGGGGGGGGGGGGGGGGGGGGGGGGGGGGGGGGGGGGGGGGGGGGGGGGGGGGGGGGGGGGGGGGGGGGGGGGGGGGGGGGGGGGGGGGGGGGGGGGGGGGGGGGGGGGGGGGGGGGGGGGGGGGGGGGGGGGGGGGGGGGGGGGGGGGGGGGGGGGGGGGGGGGGGGGGGGGGGGGGGGGGGGGGGGGGGGGGGGGGGGGGGGGGGGGGGGGGGGGGGGGGGGGGGGGGGGGGGGGGGGGGGGGGGGGGGGGGGGGGGGGGGGGGGGGGGGGGGGGGGGGGGGGGGGGGGGGGGGGGGGGGGGGGGGGGGGGGGGGGGGGGGGGGGGGGGGGGGGGGGGGGGGGGGGGGGUGGGGGGGGGGGGGGGGGGGGGGGGGGGGGGGGGGGGGGGGGGGGGGGGGGGGGGGGGGGGGGGGGGGGGGGGGGGGGGGGGGGGGGGGGGGGGGGGGGGGGGGGGGGGGGGGGGGGGGGGGGGGGGGGGGGGGGGGGGGGGGGGGGGGGGGGGGGGGGGGGGGGGGGGGGGGGGGGGGGGGGGGGGGGGGGGGGGGGGGGGGGGGGGGGGGGGGGGGGGGGGGGGGGGGGGGGGGGGGGGGGGGGGGGGGGGGGGGGGGGGGGGGGGGGGGGGGGGGGGGGGGGGGGGGGGGGGGGGGGGGGGGGGGGGGGGGGGGGGGGGGGGGGGGGGGGGGGGGGGGGGGGGGGGGGGGGGGGGGGGGGGGGGGGGGGGGGGGGGGGGGGGGGGGGGGGGGGGGGGGGGGGGGGGGGGGGGGGGGGGGGGGGGGGGGGGGGGGGGGGGGGGGGGGGGGGGGGGGGGGGGGGGGGGGGGGGGGGGGGGGGGGGGGGGGGGGGGGGGGGGGGGGGGGGGGGGGGGGGGGGGGGGGGGGGGGGGGGGGGGGGGGGGGGGGGGGGGGGGGGGGGGGGGGGGGGGGGGGGGGGGGGGGGGGGGGGGGGGGGGGGGGGGGGGGGGGGGGGGGGGGGGGGGGGGGGGGGGGGGGGGGGGGGGGGGGGGGGGGGGGGGGGGGGGGGGGGGGGGGGGGGGGGGGGGGGGGGGGGGGGGGGGGGGGGGGGGGGGGGGGGGGGGGGGGGGGGGGGGGGGGGGGGGGGGGGGGGGGGGGGGGGGGGGGGGGGGGGGGGGGGGGGGGGGGGGGGGGGGGGGGGGGGGGGGGGGGGGGGGGGGGGGGGGGGGGGGGGGGGGGGGGGGGGGGGGGGGGGGGGGGGGGGGGGGGGGGGGGGGGGGGGGGGGGGGGGGGGGGGGGGGGGGGGGGGGGGGGGGGGGGGGGGGGGGGGGGGGGGGGGGGGGGGGGGGGGGGGGGGGGGGGGGGGGGGGGGGGGGGGGGGGGGGGGGGGGGGGGGGGGGGGGGGGGGGGGGGGGGGGGGGGGGGGGGGGGGGGGGGGGGGGGGGGGGGGGGGGGGGGGGGGGGGGGGGGGGGGGGGGGGGGGGGGGGGGGGGGGGGGGGGGGGGGGGGGGGGGGGGGGGGGGGGGGGGGGGGGGGGGGGGGGGGGGGGGGGGGGGGGGGGGGGGGGGGGGGGGGGGGGGGGGGGGGGGGGGGGGGGGGGGGGGGGGGGGGGGGGGGGGGGGGGGGGGGGGGGGGGGGGGGGGGGGGGGGGGGGGGGGGGGGGGGGGGGGGGGGGGGGGGGGGGGGGGGGGGGGGGGGGGGGGGGGGGGGGGGGGGGGGGGGGGGGGGGGGGGGGGGGGGGGGGGGGGGGGGGGGGGGGGGGGGGGGGGGGGGGGGGGGGGGGGGGGGGGGGGGGGGGGGGGGGGGGGGGGGGGGGGGGGGGGGGGGGGGGGGGGGGGGGGGGGGGGGGGGGGGGGGGGGGGGGGGGGGGGGGGGGGGGGGGGGGGGGGGGGGGGGGGGGGGGGGGGGGGGGGGGGGGGGGGGGGGGGGGGGGGGGGGGGGGGGGGGGGGGGGGGGGGGGGGGGGGGGGGGGGGGGGGGGGGGGGGGGGGGGGGGGGGGGGGGGGGGGGGGGGGGGGGGGGGGGGGGGGGGGGGGGGGGGGGGGGGGGGGGGGGGGGGGGGGGGGGGGGGGGGGGGGGGGGGGGGGGGGGGGGGGGGGGGGGGGGGGGGGGGGGGGGGGGGGGGGGGGGGGGGGGGGGGGGGGGGGGGGGGGGGGGGGGGGGGGGGGGGGGGGGGGGGGGGGGGGGGGGGGGGGGGGGGGGGGGGGGGGUGGGGGGGGGGGGGGGGGGGGGGGGGGGGGGGGGGGGGGGGGGGGGGGGGGGGGGGGGGGGGGGGGGGGGGGGGGGGGGGGGGGGGGGGGGGGGGGGGGGGGGGGGGGGGGGGGGGGGGGGGGGGGGGGGGGGGGGGGGGGGGGGGGGGGGGGGGGGGGGGGGGGGGGGGGGGGGGGGGGGGGGGGGGGGGGGGGGGGGGGGGGGGGGGGGGGGGGGGGGGGGGGGGGGGGGGGGGGGGGGGGGGGGGGGGGGGGGGGGGGGGGGGGGGGGGGGGGGGGGGGGGGGGGGGGGGGGGGGGGAGACACACAGACACAGCCUGGGGACGCCGCCGGACCACGAGCUCUGACAGAAGCAUACAGAGCGGAGACAUGAGUGACCCGCUGGACAUCCCCAGCCCUCCUCUCCCCCACGCCCCAAACCCACCGCCGGCCCAGCCUCCACCUUAUCCGGGCCCGAGGGCAAACGGAGUCAACGGCCCCGACUACGCUCUGCUGCGAGCCGAGAGAGAAGUGGGCAUCUUGAAUCACUGCUUUGAUGACAUCGAGAGCUUCAUGGCCAAGCUGCAGCAGACAGCGGAGGCAGCGACAGUCUUGAACCAGAGGAAGAAGAAGAAGAAAAAGAGCAAAAAGCAAAGUGCUGAAGAGGAUCUACUCACGGCCAAAGCCAAGCCUCCGCCUGAAGAGGAGUUCGUGGACAUCUUCCAGAAAUUCAAGUAUUGCUUCAGUUUAUUGGCUCGUUUGAAAUCAACUAUUUCCAACCCGUCAUCGGAGGAGCUCGUGCAUCAUGUGUUCAAACCUCUGGACAUGAUGGUGAGAACGACUGGGGGGCCGACGCUGGGGGCCGCAGUGAGCAGUCCUGCCCUGUCCUCGUCUGCCGUGACUCUGCUGCAGGACACUCUGAGCGAGGAGGAGAGGCAGCUCUGGACCUCUCUGGGGCCCAACUGGACACAGGCACGGUCUCAGCUCAGAGAACCGUUAGCUCCCUACAGCCCUGUGUUCCUCGACGGGUGGAAGCCGGAAGCCUCCAGGCCAGACGGGCAGGUUUGGGAGGAUCCGGUCGAGUCAGCGCACAAACAUGAAGCUCUCCGAGAAAAACAAGAGCAGCAGCGGCUCUCCCAACAGGUCAAACCUCCAGUUAUGGACGACACAGGUGGACAGCCCCCGCCCCCCGACAGACUGUACCGCUGCAGCUACGACUUCACAGCGAGAAACAACAGUGAACUUUCCAUUCAGAAGGGAGAAGUGCUCGAGGUGCUUGAAUCUUCCAAAUGCUGGUGGAAAUGUCGCAAUCGGUUCAACGAAGUGGGAUUUGUUCCUCACAACAUGCUGGAGCCCAUGGUCCAUGUGGAGAGCCCCCCGGCCAACUCCCCCAAUGUACCGGCUCUGCCCCCGGCCCCUAAGCUGGACAACAGGCUGUCUCUGAACGUGCCCAUUCCCCCUGCUCCCCCCAUGGCCCACUCCCCCUCCCCUAAGAGGCCCGUCAGCAUGCCGCCAUUCUUCUCACACAUACCUGUGGGAGACGACUCGGAGAAAGGUAACUUGGAAUGA